GAAAAAUUUUAACACUUCAGAAUAACCCAUCAAAUAUACAACAUAUAGGUAUGGCAGGAUAUCUGCCUCCAAAAUUUCAUAGUUUAGCUGGUGAAGAUCCAGCAGAUUAUAUAAGAGAUUU